UCUGAUUGGAUAAAACUAACUAUUCUCGCGGUAUUGUUUUCUCUUUUCCGAGCUUCCUUGUGAAGAAAAAAAAAUAGAAUUAUGUUAAAACGUACAAAAGUGGAAUUACCUACUACACCUGAAAUAAAUCCAAAUAGAAAUGAAAAAGUAGCGAAAAUUUCGGAGCCACAAGAGCUCGCACAAGAGAGUCCAGAUGCAGACGGCAGCCUGUCGUGUAUAAAGAAACCAAAACUUGAUUCAAAUGAGUCACCCGGCAAAAACCGGUCUAAGAAAUAUGUCCCGCCUUUCACAGCAUCAAAAAGAUUCAGCAGUCGAUUAAGACUGAAAAGAAUUAAUCAGGAAAAGAAUGAAAGCAAGUCAUGUAGGCAAGAAGCUAUAAAAUGUGGAGGACAAAAUAUCUGCGGAAAGCCAGAAAAAGAAAAGGGAUCAGCAAUGGUUUUGAAAUCAAAUGAAGAAAAAACAGAAUAUUUGAAAUGUUACAAAAAUAAUAAAGAUGGUAACAAGAGAGUCAUCCAACAAGCUCCACAAGUAUCAGAGCUUACACAGCAUUUCAGUGGUCUUCUCCUAAGAAGUGGAAGAGUCUGUGAAGAAAUGGGUAUGCUUGAAAAUACAAUCAGCAACAGUGGUAAUGGUGGUUUAAAAGAAGGUGAGACAUGCACUUUCAACAGAAGCUCAAACCUUGAUGAGACAUGCAUGAACAAUGUGGCUAGCUUGCAGAAGACAAACAAGUUAGACCCCAAUGCAUACAAUUUUGAGGCAAGUUUGCAUACUUUGGCUGACACAUGUGCUAAAGAGGAAUAUAUAAUUGAUGUGUUAACAGUUGAAGAGGAGACUGACCAGAGUAAGAUUACUCCAAAUGCGAAUAAAAGUGGGAAAACAAAGGGUUCUUUGGCAAGAAAUGGGACAACUGUCAAGAACAUUGUAGGUUAUUCAGAUAUAAAUAAUGUAAUGAAUGUGAUUCCACCCCAAUAUCAGGAAGAGAGAAUGGACAUGACAAUUUGCAGCCCAAGCAAAGUUAAGGAGAUGAAAUUAGUUGAGCAUAGAACCACAGAAAAUAUGCUUAGCCCAAAAGGUGUAUCAGCUAGGAAGGAAACUGAGUGCAAAAAUGUUGUAACAUUUGCAACCCAGGGUAUAUUGAAUAAACCGGUGCAUAAAUCUGGUUGUCCUGAACUAAAGUUACAAGACACUGCUGCAUCAUUAUCCCAAGAGCUUAUUGGGAAUACACUUUCAGAGAUGUUGUCAAUAAUAAGUCACAAAAAAACGAAUGAGCCUUCGUUUCAAAGCAAUGAAAGUGACAAUGCAUGUUCAUUGGCCCAACAUGGUGAUAAGACUUUGGGUAAUUCAGUGGUUCAUACUGAGAUGAUCUGCACUGAGCAAGCUGGUAUUCAUGAAUCUGGGAGUUCUCAAGACAAACGUGUUGAAAGUAAGACUAAUGACAUGGACACUGGUGAUAAUUCAUCGAACACAACCUCUGAGAAACAUGUUGAAGUUAUAUCUUUUGACGAAAAAAAUGACAAUAUCAAGAAUGAAAAGAUAGAAAUUGCAGCCAUGAACGAAAAAUUACCAGCUCGUGCAAACGGGAAUAUGAACUCACAGAAAGCAACCUCAGGUGAUAUGAUGGAAGAUGCACAUAAACAACUCUCUUCAUGUGUUUUGAAAGAAUGCGAAGUCGAGGUUGAUGUUGGUGGUAGAGUGGAGUCGAAAGACUUUAAACAUGUUCGUCGUGAAGCCAAUAAUGAUCAAGAAGUUCUUUUUGAGAAAACAUCACCUCUCGAUGGAAAAUGUCCUGAUAAAAUAGCUAGAACUUUACCACAAUGUAAAGAAAGAGUUGUUGUGAAGAACAGGGAAAACGACAAGGACACUGUCACUGGUGCCACGGGCGAUACUGAUACAUCCAUGAAAGGCACGAAUUCGGGUAAGAUGGUUGUUGCUACGCCUACUGUGAACUUGGUCGAACACCGGAGGACUGGCGUUACCCAAAACGAGAGCAAGCAAGUAUCCUCAGCUGAGGAGGAGGAUUUUGCAACAUUCAGCAAUAUUCUUGAUGAUGAAUCCUUUACCGAAGAGUUCGAGGCGCUGGAAAAACUAUUACCAAAAGAUGAUGUCGAAUUUUUUGAUGAUAUGAUUUUGAGUCAACCAAAUUCUAUCAGUGUGGAUACAGAAUUACCUGAUGGGGAAAGUACUAUUGAAUUUUUAAUCAAAGAGGUCAACUCUCUUCAGUGUAUGGUUACGAAUCACGAGCGAGCUGUUGAGGAUAUUAAAAGACAAUACAAGCCUGUGAGGUCUUGGUCCACAGUGAAUACAGAUUAAGGCAAAUAUUCAUCGUGACGUAAUACGUUUAUAUUUAAUAUGUUGACUUUUUGGUGCAAAUUUACUAUGAUAUAUAUAUAUUUUAUGAUAGCGUUGUUUAAUAUGUUGAUAUUGUUAAAUUAUUUUGCUAAUACGUUUUCACGGGUAGCGGGAUAGGAUGGACCAUUCUUAGCUUACCUAAA